GUCCCCCUUUAUGCCUGCUUCAUGUACAAGUGCAUACUCUAAUGUUAAACAGUGUGCCUAAAUAACAGUAAACUACAGUUUGAUAUUGCUGUUCUGGGGAUAGCUGCAGUCACUGAGUUGCUUCUGUAACAUUGCAGCUGUCAGAUUCAAACGAGAUGCAGUACUGCAGCACCCGUGGAGAGGUUCACGGUUGGGAUUUUCAGGAAGUUCUCUUCUCAGGCUAUGCUCCUGAUGGGGGUAUGUUCAUGCCUGAGACAAUUCCCUUGAUCUCCCCUGCCACUCUCCGAUCCUGGUACUCUUUGUCCUACCAGCAGCUCGUGUCAGAAGUGUGUUCGCUCUUCAUCCCUGAGCAGCUCAUCCCAAAACAUGACUUGGAAGGCCUCAUAUCUAGUGCUUUGUCCAAGUUCUCCGUGCCAGAUGCAGUGAAGAUGGUGCGGCUGAAGGGCUCUUUGUCUAUUUUGGAGCUGUUUCAUGGAAAGACGCUGGCUUUUAAGGAUCUGGCCAUGAGCUGCACCACUCGCUUUCUGGAGUACUUUCUGUGCAAGGACAAUCGACGUGCCAUCAUCCUUGUGGGGACAUCUGGGGACACCGGAGGCUCAGCCAUCAGCAGUGUGUGUGAUCUUAGUGCCGUGGACGUAGUGGUGGUUUUCCCACGUGGACGAAUCACUCAGGUGCAGGAGAGACAAAUGACCACACAUACAGCGGACAAUGUCCAUGUUUUUGCAGCGGACGGAAGUUCGGAUGAAAUCGACGUGCCUUUGAGGAAGCUGUUUGCCGAUCAGUACUUGGUGAAGCGCUAUGGUCUGAUGAGCCUGAACUCUGUGAACUGGUCACGCAUUCUGGUGCAGCUCGCUCAUUUUAUAUACGCCUACCUGCAACUGAGUGGAGUCGGGGAUACGGAAGGAGACGCACUACCCACUCUGGAGGUAGUGGUGCCCACAGGAGGAGCAGGAAAUAUAACAGCUGGAUGCAUCGUUAAGCAGAUGGGGGUUCCUCUGCACCUUGUGGCCAUGGUGAACUCUAAUGAUGUGGUGCACCGUGCAGUUCAGAGUGGAGAUUUCUCAAUGGCUGACAGCGUCAAGCAAACUCUGGCUCCGGCCAUCGAUAUCCAGGAUCCUUAUAACAUGGAGCGUGUGUUCUGGCUCUUAUCUGGAAAUAAUGGCGCUUUGGUAAAGAAGAUGAUGGAGCAGUUUCAGGACACUCACACACUCUGUCUACCUGAAACACUCCACAAAAAGUUGGUUUCGAUCAUGUGUUCAGGUUCGGUGUCUGAUGAAGGGAUCAUUGAGGCCAUGAAGAGAUGCUGGGAGGAAAAUCAGUAUUUGGUGUGUCCUCAUACGGCUGUGGGAGUCUGGCAUCACUACCACUGUCCUGUGCGCACUGGGAAGAAUAGGUGUUGCAUUGCGACAGCAUCCCCAGCCAAGUUUCCCGAAGUGGUACAGAAAGCAGGCCUGACUAUCGACCUCCCUGAAACAGUGAGGCGGCUGGAAAAGAUGGAGACACGUUUUACACAUUUGGAGCAAAGUGAGAACUGGGAAAUGGCAUUAAGAGAGCGUAUCGAGGCUAUCGGUUUUGCACGGCAACAUGGCGUGCUGUUUUAUACACAUUAACUGUUUUUAGUGCCUGGAAGGUAGUGAGUUUAAAUUCCUGAGGUUUAUGUUUAUUAAAGCACAUUUAUUAUUACUAUAAAAGAUUUCACAAUUUUAAAUACACUAAUUUGCCAAACGUUUGCAGACACCUGGUCAUGGUAUGUGCUUUCUGAGCAUCUCAUUCCACAUUUAGUCCCAAUUCACUCAUAAUUCCCUCCACUCUUCUGGGAAGAUGUUCCAGUAGAAUUAGGAAUGUGCU